CAGCAGGGGAGAGGCAGGCGCGAGCUCAACAAAGACAAGAGGAGGUCACAGCUGAUUGGCUCCGACGGACCACGUGGUCAGAGCAAACGCAAUGCUAAUUUAUGUUAUUUUAGUUUGACAAGUUUUACCUUCGUGAAUGAAUGAACAGUCAGACAGGUGUUUUUAGUCCAGACUGCCAGUUCCAUCAAGGACCAAACAGUCCUGGAGGGCGGUGAAAUUGGACUCGGGACCAAGCUGAGUUGUAGUGGGCCGUCAGAGGAGGAGGAGUUGACGAGGCGGAGCCAUGUCGACCUCGUGGCGUGAAGAUGAUGAAGAGUUCAAGGUGGGAGGAGUAAAGGCUGGGUUGAGAUCUAAGCCGAGGUUCUCCUUCACGGAGGUCAAAGUGCUGCUAGAGGCGGUGAAGAGGAACCGAUACAUCAUCCUCAGGAAGUUUAACCAAGGUGUGUCGGCUGAAGCCAAGAAAGCCACCUGGAUUGAAAUCACGAAUCAGAUCAACGGCCUGGGAGAGAAUCACCGAGAGGUGCGUCAGAUCAUGAAGAAAUGGGCCGACCUCAAGUGCGAUGGAAAGCGGCGCAUCGUCGCCCUCCGGGGCCCCAACGGCAGCCACCUGAGGAAGAAGAACCUGGGCCCCGUGGAGAGGAUGGUCCAUAAGAUACUGAUGCUGAGUCCUAGAGGAGACGGCGACAGUGAUCUGGACCUGGCCGAAGAUGACGAUUUUUCAAAGCUUUACAGUAAAGGCCCACCCUCUAACCCUCCAGCUUACUCCUACCUCAACUUGACAGACAGUUCCCACUCUUUACCCGGAGGGGCCCCCUUAGAAUUUUCUCCUCUCUCGUCACCAGAGAAAGAACUUGGCGGCGAUCCUUUCCAUUCCUCCUCUGACUUUGACUUAGACCUGGGUGACGACGGAGAACGUACCAUGGAUUUUGACGAAAAUGACGACGCCAUGUUCUCCUCCUACCCUCCCUCUCUUCCCCCGCCCUCCUCCACCUCCCUGGACCCCCUGCCUGACGACGCCCUGCUGAGGAUCAAGCCAGUCCACACCUACUCCCGAAACAACAACCAGAACCAAAACCACAUCCCGAACCACGCUUACCCCAGACCUCCCCCCGUGGCCUCCACCUCCUCUGCUUUCCCUUCAGAUUCGGACGCCGCCUCGUCCUCUGCUGCGCCUCCCCUGUCACAGUCCCCCACUCGCUCCAACAUGACGGCCCCCUCUCUCCCUGCUCCCACCUCAUUCGCUCCCCCACCUCCUCCCGCCUCUGUUGCAGCCGCUGUCUCUACCUCUCACCCUUCGCCCUCGUCCACUUUCAUCCCACCACCUCCUGCUUCCUCAGUUGCUGGAUCCUCCUCUGUUGCUCCCUCCUCUUCUGUCCCUUCUUCCAACUCUCAUCAACCUUCUCCCUCCUCCUCAGUCCCCCCACCCAGUCAUCCCUCCACGUCGGGCUCAAACCCGGUUGACCCUCUCCCGACUGGAGCGUCCUUCCGCAGGGCCAAUGACGACGUGGCCCAGCUGGCCUCUCAGAGCCUCCAGCAGCAGCGGGCCAGCAGGAUGCUCUUGACCUCGGUGUCUCAGUCUCUGGAGACGUUGGCUCAGUCCGUGCAGCUGCUCGUGGAGAGCCAGCAGGAGUUUGUGCAGGAGUCUCUGCUGCUGCAGAGGGAGACCGUGGACAUCCUGAGGGAUUUCUCCAACACAGCGCUGACUAUGCUGAGAGACAAAGCCCACAGUGGACAACUGGCGACACACCAUCAUCAUCCCACUUCACACUUCUGAAACACGGAAAUGAACAACCUUUUGGUAAAGACAUAGGAAGUAACCACAAGCCAAGUGCAGGUAGAUUUUGGCCGUGGGAGUAGCCACCAUGUGGAGUUCCUCUGAUUUAAACACCCAUUAUGUCAGUAAAAAUCAUGAAAGAGGUGUUUGACUUUACGAGCCACUGCGGCUGCUGGACAGAGAAGAUGCUUUCCCACAUUAGAGGCACAAAGAUGCAGUUUCAGCCCAUGAUAUCACUCGUUUGUUUGUGACAGGCUCGUGUGCUUUAAAAGGCGUCACCCUCUUACAAAUUUCCACGCAAACGCUGACUAACUGACUAGAUUGUGGAGAUAAAAACACUGAAGAUACACUAGACGAUGGAGGGACAGAGUCGUGCUUUUCAUGUGGCACAUUUACAUCUCGAGUGCACUGGGACACUUGAAUAAGAGGGGACUGAAUGUGGGCUCAACUCAAACCGGCUCCACAGUCACGCUGUCCUGUCCGGCGGUGGGAAGUGCAGAAAGUCUUCUGUCAGCCACAUCCUGGUCAUGGAACAUGUCUGUGAUGCAACGACAGCUUUUACACAAAUUAGAAUAAAAGUAUUUUAAACGCA